CACACAGCCGACAUUCCAAGUUGGAAGCCGAGUUUUUGCUCCGCCGAUAAAUUGAAAUAUUUCGCAAGAGUGAAAGCAAGCGGAAGGUCGCAGGAAUCCCAGAGAGACUCCUUGGUGUGAGAGAUAAUCGUUGACCAGAUAAGAUGGGUGCCUCAAAGGUGUACGUGAUCGGAUGCGGGAUGACAAAGUUCGAGAAGCCGGGCAAGCGGCAGGACUUUGACUAUCCGGCCAUGGCCAGGGAGGCCGUGCAGAAGGCUCUGCAGGACUCGCGGGUGGACUACAGAGAGGUGAAGCAGGCAUUCGUGGGAUUCGUCUACGGGGACUCGUGCAGUGGUCAGAGGGCUCUUUAUGAGAUGGGCAUGACUGGCAUUCCCGUCUACAAUGUCAACAACAACUGCUCCACUGGCUCCAGUGCGCUGUUCCUGGCCAAGCAACUCGUGGAGUCGGGAAGCAUUGACUGCGCUCUGGCGCUGGGCUUUGAGAAGAUGGAGAGAGGCUCUCUCAGUGCCAAAUACUUCGACAGAGCGAAUCCCAGUGAGAAGCAUUUGGAAGUCAUGGGCAAUUUGCAUGAUAUCACAGGGUCUCCGAUUACGGCUCAGCUCUUCGGCAAUGCCGGACUGGAGCACAUGAAGAAGUACGGCACGAAACCCGAGCACUUUGCCAAGAUUGCCUGGAAGAAUCACAAGCAUUCCGUCAACAAUCCCUACUCCCAGUUCCAGGAUGAAUACACACUGGAGCAGAUCAUGAAAUCCCAAUCUGUCCACGGAUAUCUCACGAAACUCCAGUGCUGUCCCACGAGCGACGGAGCCGCAGCUUGCAUCCUGGCCUCUGAGGCGUUUGUGCGCAAACACGGACUUGAAUCCCAAGCUGUCGAGAUUGUAGGCAUGGAAAUGGCCACUGAUCUGCCGUCGACGUUCCAGGAGAAGAGCAUGAUGAAGGUUGUGGGCUACGACAUGACGCGUCAUGCAGCUCAGAAGCUCUUCGAGAAGGCCGGCUGUAAGCCCACAGACGUUCAGGUGGUUGAGCUGCACGACUGCUUCUCGGCCAAUGAGUUGAUCACCUACGAGGCUCUGGGAUUGUGUCCUAUCGGGAAAGCGGGAGAGCUUAUUGACAGAGGAGACAAUACUUAUGGCGGAAAGUAUGUGAUCAAUCCCAGCGGAGGCUUGAUUUCCAAAGGACAUCCGCUUGGCGCCACAGGAUUGGCGCAGUGCUCUGAGCUGUGCUGGCAAUUGCGAGGAGAGGCUGGAAAGCGGCAGGUGAAGGAUGUGAAAUUGGCCUUGCAGCACAAUUUGGGAUUGGGAGGAGCUGUUGUGGUGUCGCUCUACCGCUUGGGAUUCCCCAAGUCUGGACAAAGCGGCGCUCCUGCCCAGGGAAAUGCAGGCAGUUCCGGUCCGAGUGGCUUCAAAGUGUCGCCAUACAUGGAAUUCCUGAAGCAGGCCAUGGAGGAGGAUGAGGAUAACCUGGUGGAGAAGUUCAGAGGAUGCUAUGGCUUUAAGGUGACCGGCGGACCAAAUGGCCAGGAGGGAUAUUGGAUUAUCAAUGCGAAACAGGGAAAAGGAACUGUGAUCUACAAUGGAAAAGAUAAGUGCGAUGUUACCAUAAUUAUCAACGAUAAUGAUGUGACUGAACUUCUAUCUGGCACACUGAAUCCCCAGAAAGCCUUCAUGACAGGCAAACUGAAGAUUCAAGGCAACAUGGGACUUGCCAUGAAGCUGGUUGAGCUGCAGAAGAUCGGACUUCAGAAAUUGGGCCAGUUGAAAUCAAAGCUCUAAACAGACAACGGGUUGGAUAUUAUAUACUGUUUUUUUUUAUUACUGAGGUGUGAAUGGUAAGUAACUUUUACUCUUUACAAUCUAUUCACGGGAUGGGAAGAUGAUUCACAAAAUGCAACAAGUUUUUUUUUGUACAAUAAACUCGCAAUUUGUGGUGGUUAA